AUGGAAGUUCCUUCUAUAAGUUAUGAUGAUAAUGAUUUUCAAGAUCCAAUAGCAUUCGAUUCAACAAAACACCAUAGAUCAACUCGCUCUCACUUUGUUGAACUUGCAACCAAAUGCUCUUUGUGUUCUACUUCCUGGACAAAUAAUGGAUCUCAUCGUAUUAUCAGUUUAAAAUGCGGUCAUGUCUUUGGUGAAAAAUGUAUUUUAGACUUGAUCAAACUCAACAGUUCUAAUGGUAAAACCGUGUCUUGUCCUCAAUGCAGUGCACUUUUACGGAAGAAGGAUAUACGACCUAUUUGGCCAAAUAAGGUAUUUCAGGAUAAUGACUCUGUACUGAACGAUCUGAAGCAACAACUGGAAGUCAUACAAACAGCUCUCAAGGAAAAAACAAGACAACUAGACGAUAUCAAUCAACAGUAUCAGCAAUGUCGACAAACUAUUCAUGAAUUAACCCAAAGAUCAGAAUAUCACGAAACUACAACCUACUCCAAUCAAUCAUAUAGUUUACCAAGUACUAUUGACUCCAUCGAUGCACCCUUUCAACUUGUUGAUACUAAAUUACUAUCAUUAGAGCGUAAUGUCACCCGUGUGAUGACCUUGGUACCUGAUCAAGAAAUGGUGGUGUCAACGUUGAAGCAAGGAGCAACAGACCACGGUUUAUACAAGAUGAGUCUUCGGGAUCUCCAUAGCUGUGAAUAUAUUGGUAAUCAUACAGGACUUGUGCGUGAUAUCAAACAUUCUAUGAAACUGGUCGAUAAUGGGAAUGUGACAUUACUCUCUACUGGACUGGAUAAGACACUUCAACUUACAUCAGCUUCUAAUAAUUGUAUUCUAUUAUCACACACUCUCCCUAUGGCUGGUUGGUCAUGCGAAUUCGAUAUCAAAAAUAGCAAUCAGUUUUAUUGUGGUCUGGCCAACAACACUGUACUUGUUUUUGAUAUUAGGAAUACUAAAGGAUGUUUGAUGCAACUCAACGACGACAAUACUAAUAAUACACCUUUACAUACCAUGAUAUCCUGUCAACUUGAAGGUGAUCACCAAACAUCCAGUUUUCCCUCACUUGUAUGUUCGAAUCUCACACAAACGUAUCAAUGGCAAUGGCAAGAUAAUCUACAGGAACCUAUUUGCAACUUAUUUCAAGCUCAAGAAAAAGGCUAUCAACCUUAUGCCCUCGCGGUCGAUCAACAAGAAAUGACAGUAAUGGUAUCUUCUCGUUCUCUUGGAUCUUCAACAAAACAUACAGUUAUUCAACAAUCAAGUAAUGAGUGGAAUGUAAUAUGGGAAUAUACUAGUUCUCAAUAUCAAAAGGCCAUGGCUAGGACGGAUCUUUACGAAGGACUCGCUUGUUUUAGUGAAGAUGAUGGAACAAUCAAUAUACGAAACAAAGAUGAUGCAAAGCAAACAAUCGAAGGGAAUCAAGAUCAAUUGAUGAUGGAUAUCAAGUUGGAGCGUAUACAACAUCGACACUAUUUGAUUGCAUUGACCGACAAUAUGCUGAAAAUCUACAACAAAUAUGCAUGA